AUGAGGUGUCAUUAUUGUUUUAAUUGCAAUAAGACUGCGAAAUAUCACUGCUUUUGCUGUCCAAAAGGCGUGUGUCAGCAGUGUGCAGAUAGCGUUGAUUUUGCAUGUAUUAAAGACACCAAAGGGUUCUGUCAUAGUUGUGUGAAGCUUGCACUACUUGGGGAGGCAGGCGAAACUGUAGACUCUGACGGGAAUUCUUUGGACUUUAGUAAUCGAGAAACAUUUGAGUGUCUAUUCUUGGAAUAUUGGGUUAUAAUUAAGAAGGAGGAGAAUUUGACAUCGGAAGAUCUUCAAUCUGCAAAUACUGCUCUUAAGAAUUGGAACAAAAGUAUUAGUUCUGACUCAGUUUUGGUUGAGAGUUCAGAAAGCGAUACAAUGUCAAGCUUCUAUAGUGAAGAUGAAGAAAAAGAAAUAAAGUCCCCACAAGUAAUGAAGAAAUCCAAAGAUGAAGCGUCUGGAAGCAAAAACAAAACCGCCAAACCGAAAAGAAAAUUUAUUGACUGGGGAUCAGAAGCUCUCAUCGAAUUUCUUACAUCUAUUGGUAAACAGACAAUCGAUAAAUUAUCACAGUAUGAGGUGUCUUCUAUUGUCAGUCGAUACAUCAGUGAUAACAACUUAUGUAGUAUGGAAAAGAAGAAGAAGGUUUUGUGUGAUGCGAGAUUACAAUCACUAUUUCAGAAGAAAACAUUGAACAAAAACAAAAUAUAUGACCUCCUAGAACUCCAUUUUGCUGAAAACAUUGAAGUACUCGACGAUGAAUUCUGGUCAUUUUUAUCGGAUGAGGAUGAUGAUGGUGUGACUGCGUCAACAAAAAAGAAGAGAACGUUAAGCACAAUUAAGGAAGCUGCAGAAACAGAGGAAGUGCAGGAGGAGGGUCCAAAAAGUUGUUUUGCAUCAAUUGUUGAGGAAAACAUCAAGCUUGUCUUUCUCAUGAAGAGUCUAGUGAAAAAAAUGUUGGAUAACAACGAGUCUGAGGCUUUUGAUGCCAAAGUAAUAGGCUGCUUUGUGAAAAUCAGAUCAGACCCAAUGGAUUACUCGCAGAAAAACCGUUUUCAACUCGUGCUAAUAACAGGUGUGAAUCGGAUUAUGCAGGAUGAUAAGAUGAAGGUUAACCUGCAAGCCUCAACUGGGAGAGUAAACAUUGACUUAGAUGUAGAGAAGUUAUUCGAUGGUAUAUUCGACGAGGAUGAAGUGGAUGACUUGAGGAAAAGAGUGGAGGAUGGUUCAAUCCCUAGGCCCACUGUAGUAAGUGCUCUCAUGUUACUAGAUAAGAGAGAACUUCUUGAAUCACCAGAAGAACAGAGAAGAAUGUUAGAGACGGUUCCUCAUGUGGUUGCUGCUCCAUUAGAGCUCGAUCUUAAUACAUCUCCCAACCUUAAUGUUCAAGCCUGUGAAACCUUAGGUUCAAAGGAAGACAAUGUCUCGACGCCUUUGGUUAAUGGGGAAAUGCCUACGGCUAAUGAACCAGAAGCAGGCAAUGUUGGAGAAAAGAAUGAAACAGAAAUAAUCUACAGUGAUGAAGAUGACUCAUGGAUGUUAUCCUGGAUGUGGUGA